AGCGCUAGCGGGCGCGAGGCGGAUCAGCUGCGCCCUGGGACCCGGCACCCCCGACCCGCCGCCGCGAUGUACGACCUCGAGCGCGACUGGAGCCUGUCCUUCUCCGGCUGCGGGUUCCUAGGCUUCUACCACGUCGGGGUGACCCACUGCCUGAGCGAGCGCGUCCCGCACCUGAUCCGCAACGCGCCCAAGUUUUUCGGUUCCUCGGCCGGGGCGCUGCACUGCGCCACCUUCCUCUCCGGGAUCCCAGUGGACCAGACGCUGCAGAUACUCAAGGACCUCGUCCUGCACACCAGGAGCCGGAACAUCAGCAUCCUGCCCCCGUCCUUCAAUCUGAUCAAGUGCAUCCAAGACAGUCUGCACAGACACCUCCCGGACAACGUGCACCGGCUCCUCUCCGGCAGGCUGUUCAUCUCGCUCACCAGAGUGUCCGAUGGAGAAAAUGUGCUGGUGUCAGAUUUUCAGUCCAAAGACGAAGUCAUAGAUGCUUUGAUUUGUUCGUCCUUCAUUCCUUUCUUCUUUGGCUUCAUCCCUCCCUCCUUCAGAGGCGUGAGAUAUGUGGAUGGAGGAAUGACUGACAUCUUACCUUUCCUUGAUACCAAAACGACCAUCACUGUGUCCCCCUUCUAUGGGGAGAGUGACAUCUGCCCUAAAGUCAAGUCCACGAACUUCCUUCACGUGGACUUCACCACGCUGAGUCUGCGCUGCUGCUCAGAGAAUGCCUACCUGCUGUACCAGACGCUGUUCCCGCCAGAUCUCAGCGUGCUUGGAGCAAUAUGCCUUCAAGGCUAUUUAGACGCGGCCAGGUUCUUGGAAGAGAACGGCAUCUGUGUCAGGCCCCAGCCAUGCCUGAAUGCAUCCUUGGGAGAGUCGGAAGUCCCUGAGCUCCCCGGGGAACCUGUGAGCCUGGAGACUUCCCCCGGGGUGGCCGCCUGGGAGGCGAGGCCCCAGGGAGACGAGCUGCUGGACCACCUGUGCCUCGGCAUCCUGCACUGGGAUGAGAGCCUCCUGGAGACCCUGUCGCCCAAGUUCCUGAUAGCACUGAGAGAAGCAGUUAGAAAGCAAGAUGGGUUCAUAAGCAAGAUCUGCAACUCCUUCCCUGUUAGGGUGAUGUCCUACAUGAUGCUGCCCUGUACGCUGCCCAUGGAGUCUGCGAUUGCUGUGGUCCAGAGACUGGUGAUGUGGCUUCCACACGUGCCUGACGACAUCCAGUGGCUGCAGUGGGCGGCGUCCCGGGUUUGCUCCCGAGUGGUGGCGUACCUACUCCCCACUUCCAGAUCCCAAACACCAGUGAGGGACCAACAGCCUGACUGCCACAAACCAGAACAUGAUGGGCACCCCUGGCCUCUGUGCUCCUCCUAGGACCCAGACGCCCGCCCUGUGGACUGUCCAGCAGAGGCCGAAGCUGACCUCUGUGAUAUAUAGAAAAUGGCCUCUGUGAUGAAUUUAUUGAAACCAAAAGCAAUAUAUUUGUUUCACAAAUAGCUGGGAUGCCACUUUGGGUGUAGGGUGUAGGAGGUGGUCCAGGGCUUAAGGAAGCCUAAUGUGUAUGCAUCGGAGGUGGGCUCCAACGGUUGGGAAACUGCAUGAGGAAGACCAGCAUGGAGGGUCCGCCACCAACUCGCCUUUCAGCCCGCUCAGCUGUCCCGGUGAAAGUUCCUAAAUGGCCAGAGUUUGGGCUGGGGGGACCUUGUGGCUGGGGGCUGGGCUGUCCUUUGUGCAUCUUGGGGGUUGGAAGGAAGAGAAAAGUGUGAUCCCAUCUCUCUGUAUAGGAAGCAGUCAGUGCAGGGCAAGGGGGGUGCCAUCCUCCCAAGGACACCCCUGGCCAGGGGUCAUUGAAAGACAGGAACUUAUUUAUAUUCUAGGACAUCUUUUACACCUAAAUAUGUGAUAAAGAGUUUUACAUAAAAUAGAAGGAAAUUUUAUCUGUUGAAUUAUGUAUUAUGGGAAUCAGUGAGAUGUGAAUGGAAUAAGCCUUUAAAAAAAAUCCAGCACAGAAGAUGGCACCCCCAGGUCCUCAACUGGCCUUCUCCCUGUCGUCCAUGCCCCCACAGCUUGAAUGGAGUCGAGCAGGAGGCGGGACCCACCUCCUCUCCGGUGCGGUACUCUGUGGGCACGCACAGCGCAGUGUGACCGCAGGUGAACUGUGUGUGUCUGUUUUUCUUAUUUAUGCAUUCGAGGAUAACCCAAAGCAAAUAAACAGUGAUAAGCUCAAAAUCCCAAACGUUGGCACAGAAAGCUGCAACUCUCACCCACAUCUUGGAGAUGUCCUGGAGUCGAAGAACAGGCAGGUUCAGGCAAAGCACCCCACUGCGAGGGCAUCCCCUUUAGAGGGGAAGGUGGUUCUGGGUCUAGACUCUACGUGAACACCUAGAAGGCAGGGAGUGCUUGUGAAAAUACAGGGUCAUCACACAGUGCAGAGGAGCCCCGCUCGGGGGCUCCUGGCCGUCUCCUUGCGUUUCCGGGGGCCUCCUGUUGUGGUAGUGCUUGCUCCCCAGGUGAGGCGAGGGGGGUGGGCGGGGGACUCGCCCAGCCACUCGGCCACAAAACAAAGAGCUGGCCUCAGUGGGGGAGGCCACACGUGCCUGACACCCACCUGGACUCCCGGUGACACACCCUCAUGCCUGCCCUGGCGCCAGACUCUCAGGUUUCCCAACUGCCUUUGCUGUCAGAACCACAGCAUAGGCCUAAACACACACAACGCACUUCAGCAGUAUUUCGCAAUAACCCGUGUAUUUCCGUUUAGACAGACACUGUACCCUGGUUCUGUGAUCGUUACAAGGAAAGAAGUAUGUUAAACGGCUGAUAGGCUUUCACAGGACUUAUUUUCUUACUACUUUUUGCAAUUAUUCAACCUUCUUAUAAUGAGCAUGUUUUACAAUUUUUAAAAAAUGUGCAUGAAGACAAGGAAGUCUGGUACUUUCUCAAGAAAUGGCCAAGGCUCUCCUCCCACCUGUGCCUUAAAUGCUACCCCGACUCCUCCUCUUUGGCUGGGCCCAGAAGUCACCCCCCCACAUCCCCACCCCCCGACCAAGGCCAGAUCUUUGGAAUACUCCGCUAUCAGCAAUGCUCAGAGUGCAGUCUACUGAAUGCCAGGGAGCAGCAGUCUAUUUGGUAAACAGACAGCAAAACUUGAUGCAAAGCAUGAGCCCAGUCUUGUUAAGCGAAUAAAAUGUGUGAGCGUGCACACCUAUAGAACAGAGACGGAAAGAAUCUGUGCCAAAACACAGCGCUUCCCAUCAUGCCAUUAUUCAUGAUUAUAUUUUUUGUUAAAUUUCUAUGUAUUACUAUCGUCAGAAAAUAAUUCAUAAUACAUGUGAUUUUUA